UUAAGGGAUCGUGCACAAACAUCGCGCUGCUCCUGCUGCUGAGACGCUGCGGUGACAAACACAGAUUGAUAGCUGGGAUCUUGGCGUGUCACCGCGUGUGUUUUCUGCUCCAGCACGUCGGAGAUGCCUCACUGAGGGCUGCUUUUAAAGGACCUGUUUUGAAGAAUCCAAUCCAGUGUUCCAGUUUGAUGAGAAAGACUGCAUUUUAUGUCUAGCAGAGGAAACAGCCAAAUCAUUCGGAUGACAAUGAUGACUUGUGGGCAUCGCAGUUCUUUGAAACAUCUCUGGAGAUGGAGUGAGAAGAUACAAUAACACACAGGGUGGAAGGAAGAGACGUACAGAAACCUGGAGGAAUCCUCCAACAGAUGGCUGAUGGUGGAGGCGUUGACUCAAGGAUAUGCUUUCAGUCUGGGGAUGGAACAAGAAGAAGAUGUUUUUGAUCAGGGGAGCACCAUGAGAUGUGGGUAAACCCUAUAAUGUGUUUUUAGGUGAGAAACAACUCGGACUAAGCCACAUUCUGAGACACCACCAGAAAAACUAAUACUACAAUGGCUGGUGAAUUUGAAGACUGACACAAAGAGCAGCUUCAGAUGAACUAGGACUCCCCUACAUGUCCAGUACAGGGUGCAUACACAGAGUAUACCCGACCCGCCCUGUGGAUUUCUCUUUGUUUCACGUGGAUUUAUUGCUGACAAACAAAAUGGACUCAGUUCUUCAAAAGUUGUCUGUCUAAUGAUAAUGCCAUCAGCCUGAGACGCUGUGGAGAAAUGUCUGACAUUAAGAUGCAAAUACCUGUUGGAAGAGGAUGCGUCAGAGACAGUUUUACAAAAACUGCAACUAUCAACUGCAGACAAAAAGUCCCUGCCUGUUAUUUCUUCAUCCUUCCCUUCAUACUCCUUUUCUCCCUGGUUACGCCCGCUCUGUCCAUUCAUAUGGAGGCCAUAGAGAGCCACAGUGAGUUUAGCUGUGAGCCCAUCAGACUGAGAAUGUGCCAGGAUCUGCCUUACAACACCACCUUUAUGCCCAAUCUCCUGAAUCACUACGACCAGCAAACAGCCGCGCUAGCCAUGGAGCCUUUUCAUCCGAUGGUAAACCUGGUGUGCAGCGCUGAUCUGAGGAUGUUCCUAUGUGCCCUGUAUGCCCCGGUGUGCACUAACUAUGGCCGGAUGUCCAUGCCAUGUCAAUCUCUCUGUCAGCGGGCCAAGGAUGAGUGCCAUAAACUCAUGGAGAUAUUUGGAGUAGCCUGGCCAGAUGACAUGGAGUGCAGCAGGUUCCCAGAUUGUGAUGAACCCUAUCCUCGUCAAGAGGACCUGCAAACCAGCUCUGAACCCACUGAUGACUCAUCCAUGACCGUUCAGAGAGAUUAUGGUUUCUGGUGCCCCCGAGAGCUGAAGGUUGACCCAGACCUCGGUUACACUUUCAUGGGCAGGAAAGACUGUUCUGCUCCGUGCCCCUCCAUGUUCUUUAAUCAGCAGGAGCUUACCUUCACUCGAUACUUUAUCGGAGUCGUCUCCAUUGUGUGUCUGUCGGCAACACUCUUCACCUUCCUGACGUUCCUCAUUGAUGUUACAAGGUUCAGAUACCCUGAGCGACCAAUCAUCUUCUACGCAGUGUGUUAUGUCAUGGUGUCACUAGUGUUUUUCCUGGGCUUCCUGUUGGAAGACAGGAUUGCUUGCAACGCAGUCAGCCCUGCGCAGUUCAGGGCUUCAACCAUAACACAGGGAUCACACAACAAGGCAUGCACCCUGUUCUUCAUGGUCCUGUACUUCUUCACCAUGGCCGGCAGUGUGUGGUGGGUCAUUCUGACAAUCACUUGGUUCUUGGCCGCAGUGCCUAAAUGGGGCAGCGAGGCCAUUGAGAAGAAAGCCCUCCUCUUCCAUGCCGUUGCCUGGGGCCUCCCAGGAGCCCUGACUGUCACCCUGUUGGCCCUGAACAAAAUUGAGGGAGAUGGGAUCAGUGGAGUGUGUUUCAUAGGGCUGUAUGACAUAGACACCCUGAGGUGGUUUGUUCUGGCACCGCUCUGCCUCAAUGUGGCGGUUGGCGUCUCCCUGCUUUUAGUGGGCAUUGUUGCUUUGAACCGUGUGCGUAUGGAGAUCCCGCUGGAGAAGGAAAACCAGACCAAACUAGUGAAGUUCAUGAUCCGAAUGGGAGUGUUCUCUGUGCUCUACCUGGUCCCCUUGUUGACUGUGAUCGGGUGCUACAUGUAUGAACACACCUACCGGAGCAUUUGGGAGACGACAUGGAUGGAGGAGAACUGCAGGCGCUACCACAUCCCCUGUCCAUACAAGGUUGAGCAGACUGGCAGGCCACUCAUGGUUUUGUUUCUGAUCAAAUACCUGAUGAUGUUGGUGGUGGGGAUUCCCUCUGUCUUCUGGGUGGGCAGUAAGAAGACCUGUUUUGAAUGGGCCAGCUUUCUGCAUGGACGCAGACGCAAAGACAGUGGGGUGAAUGAGUCUCGCCAAGUGCUGCAAGAGCAACCAGACUUUGCCCAGUCUCUGCUGCGUGAACCCAACACUCCGAUCAUUAGAAAGUCCAGAGGGACAUCCACUCAGGGCACCUCCACCCAUGCCUCCUCCACCCACUUGGCUGUUGUAGAUGACCUUGACGAGCCGGUCAGGACUCACCAAGGACACCCCGCCUCUACCAGGAGUAAGGCCAGCAGCGUCCACAGCAAGGCCAGCUACCACGGCAGCCUGCGACGUUCCCGAGACGACAGGAGCGACACUAUGGCUUACCGAGGUACGGAGGAGCGCAGUUUCCAUGGCAGCAUGCCACGUCUGGACCACCCGCUCUCCACACACAGCAGCCUCCAUCAGAUAGACGACCACUCAAGGCACAGCAGCCAGCGAGACGUGUCUGAAGCUCCGCCUACCCUCAUCACCCACGGAACCACAGCAAGCGACAGCCGAGUCGCUGAGAACGACGGCACAAGCGCCUGAGAGGUGUCACAAACUCCACGUGAAAGUCUUCGUAGGGACGCUGCCUUUUAAAGGAAGGUUUGCCCUCAGCACAUACACAGCUUUCUGUUUAGUGUGUGUUUGCUGUUCUGAAAAAAGGAGAAUGUACCAGCGAGGGCUGCGGUGGGGAUUUUUGGUGUUGGUUCCUUACUGGUCAUUUGUGAGCAGUGCGGCUACAUGCUGACACUGUUCAGUUCAGUCAGUGAAGUCAACUGAUCCCUUGCAGAUUCAGUUAAGUUUCACUGUAACCUGGACAAGUUUGUUUACUUCAUUGUUGCAAUUUAAAUGGGGGUUUACUCCUGAUUGCUCGACUCAGACAGAUUGAGACAACAUGAAUACAUCCACCAUGUCCGACUUUUGGUGACAUCACUUCAAGACAUUAAUCAGGGAAAGAUGAGGAAAUCUAGAACUAGCACUGGACAAGAAAAAGACACUGACAAAAUGCCGAAAGAGAGGUUUGUGUAUUUUAGAUUGAACCUGUUUCCUGCAGGUCUGCUCCGUUUUAUUUAUUAGAGCAAGUGCAGGCUGGACAGCAGUUUGGUCUUGAGUGUUGCGUCAUCCAAAUGAUGAUGGUAGUUUUUUUCCAAAUGGACCUACAUGAAUAUUGUUGAAUAUGUGAACACUGCCGAGUACUGUCUUUGUAACAAUCUUACUUGUUUCAGUCUCAACCAUAGACUUGUUUAUUUCCAACCUUUGUUUGUUCUGGACUGCAGCUCUUAAUGAUGUUUAUCUUUGCGUGGCAUCGGAGACUGACAAAUACGGGCCUAGUGUGAAAUUGUAGACCUCUGUGGUUUAGUGAAAUAUUUUUAUACUGUGAAUAUUGUCUGUCUGCUGCUGAAAGCUUCAUUGUGCGCGUGUGUGUGUAUGUGUGAGAGAGAAAGUGGAAAUGGAAACAUCAGAGGUGACGAUAUGUUCUAAACUUUAAUCCCUCCCUUGAGCUGAAGGAGGGAGCUGAAAGAUGAAAACUCACGUAACCCGAAUGUAAAAGGUUUGUCUGAGAGAAAGUGAUUUAAUACGGACACGGUGAUGUGAAAUGGUCUGGAAUAAUUUCUGUGCACUUACUUGCAUGCAUAGACAUUAAUUCCAGCUCAACUGAAAAUAGUUUUAGCACUGACCCUUCUGCACAGAGACUUUAGCUCGGCAAAGAAAGACGAGGCAGCUUUAGAAACCAACAAGGUAACAGUUUACUCAGCCGCUGUAUGUUCAAAGUUUUUUGCAAGAAAAUCUUAAGAUUAAACAGAAUAGUCAGGUCAAAGUCUAAAAUUUGCCUCACAGCUUUAAAAUCUGUAUAACAUAUAUCAAUAUCACGCUCUGUUCACAUUUGGAAUAAGAGAACUGAUAAAUAUCAAAUGACAACAAGAGUAUUGUAACAAAAUCAGGUAUCCAUCACUGCAUUCAAACCUCAUGGCUGCAUAGUAGUUUCAAAAUGGAAACGGUGCUUCUGCUCUGACAUUGUCACAUUUCUUUGGGAGAGGAAAUGCUUUUUUCUUGUGUGGUAUUCACCCAUGUACUUAUACUGCUAUUGUACAGGCUCAGUGAUCAUGUGUGUUUGUGUUCUUCAGACUUGGAACGCAAAUUCUCCGACAGAGGUGCAAACAUUUGGCAGGAGGGCUGAACGAUUUGAGGAAAAUGUAUAAAGGAGAAUUGAUUUGCGAUAUAAUUUUUUCAAUUCAGUAUUUAACUAUAAUACCAGGAGGAUGGCAUGAAUUUUUACACUGAGUCAGAUACCCAUCAUGACAUAUAUCCUAAUCUGCAGCCUUUAGGAUUAACUAAUUGAAUUGUUCAAUCAAAUAUUGUUGAAUUAUUCUUUCCUAAUUAGUGCUUGAACUGUAUAGAAAAAACAUUCAGCCAUUGUGUUUUUUAUGUUUCCUGACAUUUAUUUUACGCUUUUUAAGUGAAUCUUGCAAGAAGUGUGUAUUGUAAAUGUUUUUCUAAACUUUGUGUUUCGUUCUACAAUCCCUCAAAGCCCAGUUAACCUACCUCGCCUGUAACCUCAGCCUUCUCUGUACCUGCGCACACAUUACUGGGUGCUUUUUGGAAAGUUACAAAAAAAAGGCAUAAAGUCCAUCCAUGCAAUCACUUCAGUAUAAAUAUCGGUGCUUAUUUCUGAAGAAUCUCAACUAGUUUGUAGUUUAACAGUAAAAUAUCUGUAGCUGGCUGUCUGUCGUCCCACAGUUGGCUUUGUAUUUUUCCAGUCUACCUCCCCUCGGUUCAAGCUAACUCUGCCUUCCACUGCUGCCUCUCUCCUCUUGUCUGUUGUUAUUUGUCUCCACUUUAGUUUCCCAUGACCUUCUGUCAACUUGUCUGCCUGCAUAUCUGUUGUACAUACUGUAGAUUUUCUGUACUGUGUCAUGACUAAUCUGCCUCAUAUCUGCCUUCUGCCUCUCCUCCUGUUCAUGUGCCCACGCUAAUAUUUUUUUGGACCUACAGCAACUGUCUGUACUCUUGCAAGUCGUGACUGCUUACAAACGUUAACCGUUGUGCUUUUUACCUCUGAAUUGGACUUAACAAAGAGACAUUCUGUGGUAGAUGCUAUAUCGUUAAACUCAAUACAAUGAAAGAGGAACUGUCUCCUUUUUCAGCUGUUAGAUAUCUCAUUCUUGUGAGAUCAUCAAUAUUAGUCCGUCACAGUGAGACAUGACAAGAGCUCUCCUUGCUUCUUUGAAGUCAUAUUGUGAUGCUGUUUCAAAGUCAACGACAGUAGCUUGAAAGUAUGACACAUUUUCAAUGAUGGUUCAAAAAGCGUAAUAAUAUUGUGAAUUUUGAAACUUGACUUGUAUUUGCCUUUUAAUUUAUUUGCAGUUUGAAGCUGUACUUCUUGUACCUGCAGUCUAAUAAAUUUUUUUAUAGACUUCA